CUCUGUACCCAAAACAAACGGGGACUUUCAGUAUUCGACAGCCAAACAGUGGCUAGAUUUUUCUCCACAAAUUGCGCUCUCUACAAGUGUAUAGGUCCACCCUCUUCAAUGAAACUCUGCUAUAAGUACAAAAGCUGUGCGACUAAAAUUCACUAAUUUCCCUCCAUCUUCGCUUAGAAAUGAAAAUAACCCAUUUGUAGGUUGAUUGUUUUGAUGGCUACCCAAAAGUUGUUUUCUUUCUCUAUCCCCAAAACUCACUUUGAUUUUCUAGAUAAAGCCUAUUUAGAGGACUUUGUGUAUAAAUCAAUGUUUAGACUUGCUAAUUCUUUCUGGGUUUUGGCCUGCAAGACCCUGUUUUCGAUUCUUGAUUUCAUAGUCAGAUUCAUGUUCAGAUUAGAGGAAGAUAGUAGUUCUCAGAAGAUUGAUUGCAAUUUUAGAGUUGAUCAUUCUCAGCAAGAUGAUCAUAUUGAUUCUGGUAAUUCCACAGUUUUGGAAAAAGAUGGGUUUGGCAAGAAAGAGAAUGAUGAGUUCUUUUUUGGGUUUCAGUUUCAGAGUAGCCAAACAGAGGACUCUGUUUUCAUGGAAAAUUCACCGACUCCGAACACGAGCAAGUAUCAGGUUAUCUCUGGAAAAGAUUUCAGGGGAUUCAUGGAGGAACCAGAAGCUAUGAGCUUUACAAUGCAGGAGUUGUUUGUGGGUUCAAAUUAUGCUCCAAUUGUUGGCGCUGGAAAUCAAGAAAAUCAAGAAACGCCACUCUCUGCGGAAACAGAUUCUCAAGAAGAUCAGUUACAAGAAGUCCAAGAAUUUCCAGUGGAUUCCAAUGAAAGUUCCAACGGAAAUGAUCAGAUAAUCAAUCGAGUCUCUUCUGAUGAGGAUUUCCUGGAAUUUAAUUCAGAAGCAGAGGAUGUUCUUGAAGAAACAGAGUACUCUGUUCAAAGCCCAUGCGGUGAAAAUGUUUUAGAGAAACAAGAUCAAGUAAUUUCCACUGAAUUUGAUCUUCUUGGAAACAAAGAGAUGUCUGAGUCAGAUCAUAGUCAUCUGGAUUUGAAUAAUUUCUCAGAUGAAGUUGGAUUGCUUACGGAGAAUCAAUUCUCGCCUUGGGAGUCUGAGUUUGAAUCUGAAUCCGAGUCCAGUGGUAGAAGUCCAAUGUAUAUUGAAGAGAAGCAGCAAGAAUUUAUUGAUGAGUACACAGAAUUGGAGCCCAAUUUCCAAUGUUAUGAGUCGAGUGCACGAGAUUCCUAUUACUGUCGGGUCUGGAAAGGGUCAGAUGCGGAAAACAAACAAGAAAAUUAUGAAAAUGGAGAUCUUGAAGACGAAGAUGAAUUUGAUAUUCUGUUGAAACACAAGGACAUGAUUGAGCAGAUGAAGAUGGAGAUGAAAAAUGCCAGACCGAAAGUGCUUCCGACGAUCUUGGAGGAAUGCGAGAGUCCGAAAUUGGCUGAAGAUUUGAAACCUCUGAAAAUUGAUGAGAAGUUGGAGCAUAAAGAUAGAGUGGAAGACAUUCAGAAAGUGUACAAGAGUUAUGUUGAGAAAAUGAGGAAAUUGGAUAUCUUGAAUUACCAAACCCUACAUGCUAUCAGUUUUCUCCAAUUGAAGGACCCAACUCAACAAGUUCCAGGCCAAAAAACUUCAAUUUCAGCAAUCAAAUCACUUCUCUGCACAAACCUCUGGCCAUGCAACCUAAGAAGGAUCUAUGCAGACCCAACUCUCAAACCCAUUACUGAAUUUCACAGAAACUUGGAAUUAGUGUAUGUUGGUCAAGCUUGCCUUUCCUGGGAAAUCCUCCAUUGGCAAUAUGGAAAAGCAAUAGAGUUAUUAGACUAUGACUCUGAUGGACUUCGAUUGUACAACCAAGUGGCUGGUGAAUUUCAACAGUUUCAAGUUCUUGUGCAGAGAUUUGUAGAGAAUGAGGCAUUCCAAGGACCCAGAGUUCAAAACUAUGCCAAGAACCGGUUUGAUCAUAAUACCAGCCUCCUUCAAGUUCCGGCUGUCAAAGAUGAUUGUUUGAAGGACAAGAAAGAGACUAUCAUUGAGGGAGAAAUUGUAGUUUCAAUUGGAAUGUUGACAGAAAUUAUUGACGAAUCGAUGCAUGUUUUUUGGGAAUUUGUUCACGCUGACAAAGACGACACCAAUGUAAUCUUGAAGGGGUUUCAGGCGACUCGUGUGAAUCUUCAAGACCCUUCAGAUUCUGAGCUUCUAAUGGAAAUUAAAGCGAGUCUUCAAAAGAAGGAGAAAAGGCUCAAGGACAUAUUGAGAAGUGGAAAUUGCAUAGUGAGGAAGUUUCAAAAACAUCAAGAAACUAGAUUGGACCGCACGCUCCUAUUUGCUCAAGUUGAACUGAAAUUGGUGUCCAGAGUGCUAAGUAUGUCGAGACUAACAACAGAUCAGCUAGUAUGGUGUGAGAAGAAGCUAAGCAAGAUUAAUUUCUUUAAUAGAAAGGUUCAUGUAGAACCUUCCUUUUUGCUUUUUCCGUUUUGAGAAUUUUCACUAUUUACACUACACCGCCUCAUCUUCCCUGUAAAUCCGUUGUUAUUGAAGAGGGGAAGAACUAAAGAAAUGUCAUUGUACAGACUUUGGUUUUUUUUUUUUUGAACUUGAGAAAAUUUCUAUUAAGAUCAGCCAAAGGAUACUUACUGAAUGAGUCCAUC